AACAACCAGAGACAAAGAAGGAGAUUGAGAGAGAGAGAGAGAGAGAUAGAGGGGGGAGGAAGAAAAACCACGCGCAUAAGAGACGAACAGAGCAGAAAAGGACGAGGAGGUGAAUGCAGUGUUAGCAGGAUGUCAAAAUGCCAUCGGCAGAUCAAAUCUUGUUCAUAAAUGUCACCACAACGGUGGCCGCGGCAGCGUUGACAGCAGCCGUUGCCGUCAACGGCACACCAGAGGCGUCCACAGGGAAGGCAUCAUCGCCAGCGGCAGCCAACGGACGCAGUGCCUCAGCAGCAGCAGUAGCAGGAGCAGCAGCGUCGUCAACGUCAACAACAACAGCAGCCCUGGCAGCCAAUUUAUCGGGUUCGUUGGUGGACAGCCUGACAACAGCAACGGCAACGGCAACGGCAACAGCAACAGUGACAACAGCAACAGCAAUUGUCGAGUCAACACAGGAAUGUGGCGCAUUGGCCGUGGAAGAGUUGCAUGUCAGCUUUUUGGGCUUGCAACUGGCGGUGCCGGAGUGGGAGGCGCUGCUCACAGCGCUCGUCCUCUCCAUCAUCAUAGUGCUGACCAUAAUCGGCAACAUUCUAGUCAUACUGAGCGUCUUCACCUACAAACCAUUGCGCAUUGUGCAGAACUUUUUCAUCGUCUCGUUGGCGGUGGCUGAUUUAAUGGUGGCGCUGCUGGUGCUGCCCUUUAAUGUGGCAUACUCGAUACUGGGCCGCUGGGAGUUUGGCAUUCAUCUGUGCAAGCUGUGGCUCACCUGCGAUGUGCUCUGCUGCACCUCCUCGAUACUCAAUCUGUGUGCCAUUGCCCUGGAUCGCUACUGGGCGAUAACCGAUCCCAUUAACUAUGCACAGAAGCGGACAGUGGGUCGAGUCCUGCUACUCAUCUCGGGUGUGUGGCUACUCUCCUUGCUGAUUAGCAGUCCGCCGUUGAUUGGCUGGAAUGAUUGGCCGGAUGAGUUCACCAGUGCAACACCGUGUGAGCUGACCUCGCAGCGUGGCUAUGUCAUCUACUCGUCGCUGGGCUCCUUCUUCAUACCGCUCGUCAUUAUGACGAUUGUGUACAUUGAGAUCUUUGUGGCGACGCGCCGUCGCCUAAGGGAGCGUGCCAAGGCAAACAAAUUGAAUACGAUUGCGUUGAAGACAACGGAGCUGGAGGCCAUCAAUACGAGCAGUGCGGCUGCUGGCAGUAGCUCAACCAGCUCCAAGGCGCGUGCCUUGGGCAGCCUCUGCGGCAGUUGGCUCUGUUGUGGUCGCGAUCGCGCCAACUUCGCCACGCCCAUGAUACACAACGACCAGGAGAGUCUCAGCAGCGAGACGCACGCCCAGCCUGACACAAACACCGAACAACACCAGCACCAACAACAACAACAAACUGUUGUUGUGCUCGUCAAGAAGUCGCGUCGCGCCAAGAUCAAGGACUCAAUUAAGCAUGGCAAGGGGCGCAGCGGUCGCAGAUCGCAGUCUUCUUCGUCUGGAUGUGAGCCGCACGGUGAGCAACAGUUGCUGCCACAAGCCAAUAGCAACAAUGCCGCCACCAAAUCGGAUCAGGAGAUAAGCACAGAGAGCGGCAGCGAUCCCAAAGGUUGCAUACAGGUUUGUGUUACCCAAGCGGAUGAGCAAACGUCUCUAAAGAUGACGCCGCCACAGUCAUCGAUGGGCACGGCUGCUACGACUGUGGUGCAGAAGAAGCCGAGCACCGUUAACCAGUUUAUCGAGGAGAAGCAGAAGAUCUCACUGUCCAAGGAGCGGAGGGCUGCUCGCACCCUGGGCAUCAUUAUGGGCGUGUUUGUCAUCUGCUGGCUGCCGUUCUUUCUGAUGUAUGUGAUUCUGCCAUUUUGCCAGAGUUGCUGUCCCACGAACAAGUUUAAGAACUUUAUCACCUGGUUGGGUUACAUUAAUUCCGGCUUGAAUCCGGUCAUCUAUACGAUAUUCAAUUUGGAUUAUAGGCGCGCAUUUAAAAGACUACUGGGCAUGAAGAUAUGAUGACAUAAUGAUGGACACAAAGUGCAGAUGCCAACCAAAAGAGAGGGCAUAACUCAAAGUUUGUGCCAAAAAUUAAUAUGAAUAUUUGAAGAAACACCUGGGAAAAGUGAUGCUACCAAAUAACUAAUCAUGAAAUUUACCUAAAUAUGGUUUCACUCAUUUGUAUACAAGAUCUCGAAUUUCAUUCAAAAUAAUAAAUGACAUUAAAUAUUUGAACUAAAUGAAGAAAAAAAUAAGCAAUUUCUAUUAGCAAAUAAAAAGCUUCGUGUUACAUUAGCGAACUCUAGUUUUUUACUUAACAACUUCACUUCAAUAUCAAAUGAAUAUAUCUGUUAACUUUAGCUCUAAAAUAAACUCACUUUUUUCGGGUGUUUCAAAGCUUUGGUUUUGCUCAUAAAGAACCCUUUGAAAGGACACGCCUGGGCGUACUUAGCUAAAUGUAAACUGUUAUAUAUACUCAUAGAAAGUGUACUGCGAAAGGGGGCCUAAAUAACCCCAAGGUCAACUUUUAUGUGCACAAACUCUCUUCUCCAAAAGAAAUAUUAAAUAAAAUAUUCAAAACUGGAACAAAAUAUUACCAUAAAAAAGGAGGAAAGCUUCAAUGUAUAAAACGGAUAACAAAAAAUAAGAAAACUAA